AUGACAUCAACCAUAUCUUGGCCACUCGUAGUAUGGCACAAUUUCAGCAAUCCAAUCACGACAUGCUUGACAUCAAGCUACCCUCAUGUUUUUGCCGGUCAAAAAGAUGGACACAUUUGGGUUUAUACCAUGCAUAACGAUCUUUUAAAACACAAGCUUUUACUUGUUGGUCACAAGACACCUAUUGCUGCACUAUGUGUUAUUACUGCAGAAACUAAAACGGACAAUGAUAUUCUUAUAAGCGCGUCUGAAGACGGUGAAGUUGCACGAUGGAAUAUCGCGGAUGGCCGUUGUCUUGGCGUCAAUGCAAAGGGGUUUCUCGGUGUACCACGGCAACUAAAGAUCUUUAGCCAGUGGGCAGUCGAAUGA